AUGGAGCAUAGUAUUUAUUUCAAUAAUGAUAGUGCAAAUAAUAAUAUUUCAACAGCCUUAGCAGAACUAGAUGAUACAUUUUUGUUGAAAAUUCAAGAUAAUUCUAAUACAACAUAUUUAAGUAACUUUGAAUAUAUAGAUAAUCCGAAUAAUUAUAUUAAAGAUAAAGUGUAUGAAGAUCUAAAAUUAAAAUUUGAAAGUUUAGAUAAAAAUAUCCGUGACAUGGUUAUUAAAGGACAGCUUUUAGCUUUCCAAAAAGAUGAGAAUACAAAUAAAGUUAAUACAACUAAUAGAAAAUAUCUACGGUUUAAUUAUUGUUAUAAUAAUAGUCUUCCAAUUUGUCGCGCUACAUAUGAGGCUCUUGUUGGAGUUAGCCAUAGUUAUAUAGAUUCUAUGAUACAACAUUUAAAAAAACAUGGACUUGAAGAACGUAUUCAUGCAGGAUUAUUUCAUCAUCUAAUGAUGGUUCAUAAGAACUCACCUGUCACAAUCAAACCUGAUGAGGUUAGAAUAUGUCAUGCAGUGAUUCUUGAUCAUACAUAG